AUGAACAAAAACGGAACAGCUAAAAUGAAUGAUAAUCAAAUUAGAGCAGAAGGUAGAAGGUUAUUUAAACGCUUCUAUAACAUUCCUGAUGGUGUUAAUCCUAAAACUCGUAGAAGCUAUUUAAAUGAAGCAAUAGAUGCAUAUGAAGGGUUUGACAUUUCAUCAGAAAGUGAGAGAUUAGCGAGAAUGUUAAAUGUUAAUAUUGAUUUCUAUUAUUGUGAUCCUCAACCAGAAGACGUGGACAUAAAUAAGGUAGACUUUCCAUUAGUGGAAUCAAUAAUGAUAGAUCCAGAAUUUGAAACAGUAAAUAUUUUAUUAACACAGAGUCCAUAG